AAGUACAAUUGCGGCUCCAAAGCCCUUCCACGAGCAGACCGUGAGAUGCGACAGCAGCAGACCUCACAGAGUUAAAGAGACGAGAUAUGAAACGGGAUCGCAGCGCAAAGAGAGGCACCACAGUGAGGUCUGACAUCAAACGUUACAUAAAACCCAUGAAGGAAUCCGUAGGACGGCGAGAUCGGACAGACCCAGGGCUGCGAGGAGCCAACAAUUCCGUUUUCCGAGUUCACAUCGAGGAAGCAAAGCUGCUGGCAGUCGAUCCGAUUCGAUCCAGCUAAAAAAUUCCAGCCAACGAAAACGCCAGCGAAGAAAGCGCAGACAGACGGACAGGUGAACGCGGGCUGCUGUGCCGGGCUGUGCCGCCGGAGGCGCGAGUGAGUCUGCGCCCUCAGACAAUAGACACGGUGAGAAGCUGUCAUCGCCGACUGUGUGGACCUGCAUAGCAGCCGGAGAGGCACAUACCGACACCCGGAGAAACGGAGCACUGCGGACGGGCCGACGGCAGCGGGGACACACGCUCGCACCAGCAUCCCCCAUUACAUCCACCGGGGUCGUGCCCAGAGGCGACCAAGAGGGGGCAGGCAGGACCGGUCGGGAACGGGAGCGUCGGGGAGACUGCUGACAGGUUGAGCCGGACCCCCUCUGCGGGAUUUUGAUCGCCUUCCGCAGCGCGCUCGCCGCCUCUCGUUCUCGCAAGGCGCUCAUCUGCCUGAUGUGAAUUCAACGAGAAGACUCAAUGGGUGUCAGCGUUCUGCCUUCUAAGAUGUGCACCUUCGCCCUGUGCCUCUACCUGGGGCUGGCCGUGGUCCGAGGUCUACCCUUGGCACCGGAUGAAGACACAGGACUUGACGACGGACUUGGGUCCACAGCAGCACCCAUCAUGCUGUCCACUCAGCGUGCGGACACUGUACCCGCCUCGUCCACCUCCUUCAGGCAGCUCAUCCACGCAUCUCUGCUCAGGAAAGAUUAUCUGGGCCAGGAACAGACCUACUCCGGUUGAGCCGGACCCCCUCUGCGGGAUUUUGAUCGCCUUCCGCAGCGCGCUCGCCGCCUCUCGUUCUCGCAAGGCGCUCAUCUGCCUGAUGUGAAUUCAACGAGAAGACUCAAUGGGUGUCAGCGUUCUGCCUUCUAAGAUGUGCACCUUCGCCCUGUGCCUCUACCUGGGGCUGGCCGUGGUCCGAGGUCUACCCUUGGCACCGGAUGAAGACACAGGACUUGACGACGGACUUGGGUCCACAGCAGCACCCAUCAUGCUGUCCACUCAGCGUGCGGACACUGUACCCGCCUCGUCCACCUCCUUCAGGCAGCUCAUCCACGCAUCUCUGCUCAGGAAAGAUUAUCUGGGCCAGGAACAGACCUACUCCGGCACCACAACUGACCCCACUCAAGCGGUUCCUUUGAUUACCCAAUCAGAUCCUGGCAUCACAGCGACAUUUGCAGGUGCACUGACCACAGCAGUCAUGUCCGCCUCCUCCGUCACCCUACCUGGAAAGUCCAAGGGUUCAGCCUUGUCCACCAUGUCAUCGGUGUAUGAAAGAGCAGGGGGUGAAGAGACCACGACGACCCUUAUCACAACCACAACAAUCACCACUGUGCAUAUGCCAGUGCAAUACAGUUCCAACCUGAGUGCCCAGGAUGGGUUCAUCGAGUCUCCAGAGCCUACUGGGUCUGGAUUCUACCACAGCCUGGACUGCACCUACACCAUUCGAGUUUACAUGGGCUAUGGCGUGGAGCUCCAGGUCAGACACCUCAACCUGUCCAAGGAUGAGUCCUUGAGAAUCGAGAGCUUUGGAGGGGAGGGGCCGGUCUUCUUGGCCAACGAGACACUGCUGGCUGAAGGCCAGGUGAUCCGCAGUCCCACCAAUCAGGUCCUGAUUCAUUUCCAAAGUUUCCAGCCGUCCUCUCCAGGAGUCUUCAAGCUGCACUAUCAAGCCUACCUGCUCUCCUGCUCAUUCCCGUUGUCUCCUUCUGACGGGGGCGUAUCCGUCAGUGACUUGCACCCGGGAGGCUCCGCCCAAUUUCACUGUGAUCCAGGCUAUGAAGUCAGAGGUCACGAUGUUCUCACCUGUCUUAACUCGACUCGACCACAUUGGAGUGGACCAGAGCCCACCUGCGUAGCCGUGUCAUGUGGAGGCAUAAUCCGCAAUGCCACCCUGGGCCGGAUCCUUUCUCCCUACCCGGCCAGUAACCACAGCAACAACCUGAGCUGCCAUUGGCUGAUCGAGGCGGCAGAGGGACGCCGACUGCACCUGCAUCUCGAGAGAGUGGCUUUGGACGAGGACAGUGACAGGCUCAUAAUCCGCAGUGGGAGCAGUCCACUUGCACCACUCCAGUUUGACUCCGACUUGGACGAUAUUCCUGAGAGGGGCAUCGUGAGUGACGGGACAUCUCUGUACAUCGAGCUGCUAUCUGAAAACUCGGGCAUCCCCCUUCUGUUGGCCCUGCGUUAUGAAGCAUUUGAUGCCGACCACUGCUAUGAGCCUUUCCUGGCCCAUGGCAACUUCACCACUUCUGACCUGUCCUACCAUGUGGGCACUUUGGUGGAGUUUGCCUGUGUGUCCGGCUACGUGAUGGAGCAAGGCUCGAGCGUCAUCGAGUGUGUGGACCCCACUGACCCCCACUGGAACGAGAGCGAGCCGGUCUGCCGGGCUCUGUGUGGCGGGGAGAUUUCUGAGUCCUCUGGCACAGUGCUGUCACCUGACUGGCCACAGACAUAUGGGAAAGGACAGGACUGUGUCUGGGGAAUUCAUGUGCAGGAGGACAAGAGGAUUCUGCUGGACAUCGAAAUUCUCAACAUCCGUCGCAGCGAUGUGCUGACAAUCUUUGAUGGUGAUGACCUCACCUCGCAUGUCAUCGGGCAGUACAUGGGCUCCCAUCAGCGCUUCCGGCUGUACUCUAGUGGGGCCGAUGUGACGAUCCAGUUUCAAAGUGACCCCAAUGACCCCAUUUUCACAAUGAGUCAGGGGUUCAUCAUUCAUUACCGAGAGGUGUCCCGUAAUGAUACCUGCCCAGACCUGCCCGUGGUUGAAUUUGGCUGGAAGACGUCGUCACAUCCCGACUUAAUCCGUGGCACCGUAGUCACCUACCAAUGUGAGCCCGGCUAUGACAUCAUUGGUUCAGACAUCCUCACCUGCCAAUGGGACCUCUCCUGGAGCAACAUCCCACCCAGCUGUCAGAAGAUCCUGUCCUGCACCAAUCCGGGCGAAAUCGCCAAUGGAGUGCGCAUGGUGUCCGACCAGCGCUUUGUGGUGGGCUCACAGGUCCAGUACUCCUGCUCCGAGGGCUACCAGCUGGAGGGAAGCUCAAGCAUCACCUGCUAUAGCCGGGACACCGGGACGCCGAAGUGGAGUGACCGCAUGCCGAAAUGCGUCUUGAAAUACGAGCCUUGCUCGAACCCUGGCGUCCCAGAGAAUGGCUACCAGACGCUUUACAAGCACCGCUAUCACGUUGGCGAGACCCUGCGCUUCUUCUGCUACGAGGGCUACGAGCUGAUUGGAGAGGUCACCAUCACAUGUGUUGAAGGACACCCCUCGCAGUGGAACAGCCCUCCCCCAUUCUGUAAAGUAGCUUAUGAAGAGCUGUUGGAUGGCCGCAAACUGGAAGUUUCCAGGACAACUGACCCCUCCCAUCAGAUUGAGGGUAAGAACAUCGCCUUGGCCAUCUUCCUGCCGAUCAUCCUGGUCAUCUUGCUGAUUGGAGGGAUUUACCUGUACUACACCAAGUUCCAAGGGAAGUCCCUCUUUGGCUUUUCGUUAUCCAGCUCCCACUCCUACAGCCCCAUCACUGUGGAGUCUGACUUCAACAACCCCCUGUAUGAAGCCGGGGACACAAGGGAGUAUGAGGUGUCCAUCUGAGGACUAGCCGCCGCCUUUCUCCUCACCACCUGACCUUCAGCUUCCUCCAGACCAUCACCACAAAAGGCAGUGCCAACACCACCUGUCCAUCCAUCGCCUGCAUCUACCAGGACACCUGAACACCACCCCCCCUCAUCCCCCCGUGGCAGAUGGAUGGACUAGCACAGCAUUAUGAAUGUAAAUAGCUGAGCCCAUCAGACAAUUACUUUGUGCCAAACUACUGCCACCCUGUGCCAGGGGUGCCCACUCCAGCCAAGUGAGCCCAUUGCCAAACCUCUCGGUGGGCAGGCUGCUCUUCAUGCCCCCUAGUGUCUCCACAUUACACCAGCCCCCCCUCCCCACACACACACCCCCCAAAGCCCUCGGCAAGAGCAGCCGGACCUUAGCCAGAGGAUCGAGCCUGGACACACGCAAGGCCUGUAUAGAUAGAUAUUUUAUUUUGACUCCAAGAUGUCGCUUUGGUGGGUUUAUUAGCUGCCAGCCCAACGCCCCCUUUGUAGGACAGCGCUGUUCUGGUGGCAGUGGCCACUCCACCGUCCUUCAAGGCGCUCGGCUUUCUUUCAUUUAACCUGCAUGGUCCGUCUCUGAAUCUGGAUGUUCAUCAGUAUCCGUGUUUACAACUUGACAAUUCUUUUGUAAUAAAAAGAUGAAUGGA